GCACCGACAUUGGUUGUUUUUCGGCAAAAACGGGUGGCUCUGCGUACCAAUAACUGCAAUAAGUGAUUUUUUCUUCAUUCCGCACUUGUACGCUACGCACGAUAAGCGAUCCUUGUAGCCAACGAAAAGGCGUAUCGUUCACCGUGGAUCAAAGCUGAAAAAAGAAGGAGGAUUACACGAAGCUAAAACGUCCUUCCGGACAACUCGGGCCUGCGGUAUUGUGCCCACGUCCGCGGCGAUCAGGGACAGUGGUGCCUUUUCUUUGCUGCAUUACGUAAGAAACGAUCUGCUGCAGCGAACCAACUGUCGAGACUUUUAGGUGAUAACAUCCCGCAAGCCGUAUGUGAAAGUUCUGUUCCACAAUCAAUCAGCAACAGGGCGGCGUUUUUGCGUAGAUACAAAACGCAACCCGGUAAAAAUGAACCGAUAGAAUCGCACGAUCUGCGGCGGGUGAUGAAGACAAUCUUGUGCAAUCAAACGGUGAUGGGUGUCCCGAUAACGUUUGCUGGCUAUUAUAGAACAUUCCGUGGUUCGGUGCCGGACGUGGGUGUGAUCUUGCGCGAUCUGGUCGUGUGUGUGUCUUCUUUGCCGAGAUUGGAUUUUACUACGUGUAUCGACUCUUGCACCUCAAGCCACUGUACAAACUGGUCCAUAAAAAGCACCACGAAUGGACGACACCGUUUGCUUGGACCGCUAUGUACUGCCUUCCGAUCGGACACAUCAUCAGCAACAUGAUCCCGUCAAUGAUCGGCAUACAGCUCAUGAAGGCGCACAUCUUCACCAUUGCCAUCUGGUUUCCGUUGGAAAUCUUUAACACGAUUCGGGAUCAUUGUGGCUACCUUUUGGCGUUCUUUCCCAGCCCCGAGGACUACGAUUAUGAUCACGCGAAAUUUACUGAGUGCUUCGGAACGUUCGGGUAUCUCGAUUGGUUGCACGGGACGGACACACAGUUCCGGAAGUCAAAGCAGCACCAGCGUCAUCGUACACUUUGAGGCAUUAAAUCGGCCCGAGAGUUGUAGCCGGAUAGUUAAUCCGAAGCCACCUGUUUGCCAUCCAAAGCUUACGAGUGAGGGUGGUAAGGAAUACCUCGUACUAAAACAUCCAUCGCUCUUUCGUCUUUCUAGGAAACAUAGAAACAAUUCGGCAUUUUACUUGGACCUUUUGUCUACUUACUUGCUAAACAUUGAUAAACUCAAAUGCGAAACUGCCAACUAUUGAUUGCAUUGGAUGAAACGGUAAGCUUCCUUCAGCUCGCUCAAACUUUCCGUUGUGUUGAUUUGACGUUUUGAGUGUAAACAAGAUGUUUACGCUUCGCAAGCUUGCUGGACAAUGCGAAA